AUGAACAGGUGGAAGUUCGACGACUUCGAAAUUGGCGCAUCUUUGGGAAGAGGCAAGUUUGGGCGGGUUUACCUAGCCAGAGAGAAGAAGUCUGGCUUUAUAGUCGCACUGAAAAUUCUGGUGAAGGCAGAAAUAACCGAGUCCAACGCAACAAAGCAAGUGCGCAGGGAGAUCGAAAUACAGAGCCAUUUAAAGCACGAAAACAUUCUGCGGCUCUAUGGGUACUUCUACGACGACCUGCAUGUGUACAUAAUUUUGGAGUAUGCAGCAAAGGGGGAGAUGUUCAAGCUUCUGCAGAAGAAGAAGCGGUUUUCUGAGCAGGAGGGCGCCAAGUACAUCUCUGAGAUGGCGCAGGCGCUGAAGUACAUACACAACAAAAACGUGAUACACCGGGACAUCAAGCCCGAGAACCUUCUAAUUGGCGCAGACAACAAGCUAAAGGUGGCAGACUUUGGGUGGGCCGUGCACAACAUAGACAGCAAAAGGUACACGUUCUGCGGCACCAUGGACUACCUGCCGCCCGAAAUGGUGUGCCACCAAAAGCACGACAAAUAUGUGGACCUGUGGGGCGUUGGCGUGCUGGCAUACGAGUUUGUUGUUGGAAAUCCUCCGUUUGAAACCAAGGGAAGCACAGACGAGACAUUCAAGCGAAUAAAGUCUGUUGAGUUCUCUUUUCCGACGUAUCUGUCCAACGCAUGUAAAGACUUUAUCUCCAAAUUACUUGUAAGGGAGCCCGAAAACAGGCUCUCCAUAGACCAGAUCCUAUCGCAUCGGUGGAUACGGACGCACACCCGCGCAAAGAAAGACUAA